AGUGACGAAAGAAAAGAGUUUCAACACAAAGCAAUGACUGUCAUUAAGAUUUGCAGAUAGAUUGCUCCAAUCCUGUGUCAGCUGUAUUUUACAAUCCCAUAAAACUAACAUGACAGGCUUCAAUGAUCAUAGUUCAUUCUUAUUUGAAGCACUUAGACAAGAACACUUGUCCAGAAUCCAUACUAGAUGAAGAUAGCAAGAGAAGAUCAUGUUCCUCUAAGGAGUAGCAGAUUAUGUUGAACUUCAACACUACAAUUUAUCACCAGAUGUACUCAAUUCGAAGUCUGCCCACAAUGCUGUAUCGUGAACGUGCAGAGGAGGAUGGGUUUGAGGACAUGACACAGCUUGAGGACCUGCAUGAAGGUGCUGUGUUGCUGAAUUUGAAGAAAAGAUUUGAACGCAAUCUGAUAUAUACUUACAUUGGAAGUAUUCUGGUGGCUGUUAAUCCCUACAAGAUGUUCAACAUCUACGGAACAGACAUGGUUCUACAACACAAAGGGCAUGCACUUGGAGAGAAUUCUCCACAUCUAUUUGCUAUUGCAAAUGCCUCAUACACAAAAAUGAUGGAUGCCAAAGAAAACCAGUGCAUUAUUAUCAGUGGGGAGAGUGGCUCUGGUAAAACAGAGACCACAAAGCUAGUUCUCCGGUACUUAGCAGCAAUACAUCACAAACAGAAUGUCACACAGCAGAUUCUUGAAGCAACGCCUCUUUUAGAGUCUUUUGGAAAUGCCAAAACUGUACGGAAUGAUAACUCCAGUCGAUUUGGGAAAUACAUGGAAAUAUUUAUGGAAGAAGGGGUAAUCAGCGGUGCCAUAACCUCACAGUAUCUACUUGAAAAGUCCAGGAUUGUGUUUCAGGCCAAAGAUGAAAGAAACUAUCACAUUUUUUAUGAGAUGCUUGCAGGCCUUCCUUCACAGCAGAAGCAGUCUUUCUACCUUCAAGACGCCGAGACGUAUUAUUACCUCAAUCAGGGUGGAGACUGUGAGAUUGUUGGCAAGAGUGAUGGGGAGGAUUUCCGCAGGCUCCUAAGUGCCAUGGAAAUACUUCACUUCAGUGCUGAAGAUCAGAACGGUAUCUUCAGAGUCCUGUCUUCCAUCCUUCACUUAGGAAAUGUCUUCUUUGAGAGAUAUGAGACUGAAUCUCAGGAAGUGGCAUCAGUUGUGAGUGCUCAGGAGAUCCGAGUGGUGGCUGAACUUCUACAGAUUUCCCCAGAGGGUCUACAGAAGUCCAUUACUUUCAAAGUCACGGAAACAAUGAGGGAGAAGAUCUACACGCCCCUGACUGUUGAGAGUGCAAUUGAUGCCAGAGAUGCAGUUGCCAAGAUCCUGUAUUCCCUUCUGUUCAGCUGGCUAACAGACAGAAUAAAUACGCAGGUUUAUCCUCGGAACGAAGCACUAUCUAUCUCCAUCCUUGAUAUCUAUGGAUUUGAGGAUCUUACCUUCAACAGCUUUGAACAGCUUUGCAUAAAUUAUGCAAAUGAGUACCUUCAGUUCUUUUUCAACAGGGUCAUUUUCAAAGAAGAACAAGAUGAAUAUAGCAGAGAGCAAAUCAACUGGGAAGAGGUGCCUUUCUCUGACAACCAGGCCUGCAUAGACCUCAUUGCAGCAAAGCCCCAUGGGAUACUCCGGAUUCUUGAUGAUCAGAGCGGGUUUCCACAGGCUACAGACCAUACCUUCCUUCAGAAAUGCCACUAUCACCAUGGCAACAAUCCACUGUAUUCCAAGCCAAAAAUGCCUCUCCCUGAAUUUACUAUCAAGCAUUUCGCUGGGAAGGUCUCCUAUCAGGUCCAUAAAUUUCUGGAUAAGAAUUACGAUCAAGUUCGCCAGGAUGUUCUUGACCUUUUUAUUCAUAGCAAAAACAAGAUGGUUGCAUAUCUGUUUAUGAGCUAUGCUGAGGCCCUCAACCAGCAGAGAUCUCAUGUUGGGAAGAACAGCACAGUUACACGGCGCCAUCAGGCCUCAACGGUGGCGGCCAAGUUCCAACAAUCCCUCAUGGAGCUCAUUGAAAAGAUGGAGAGAGCCAACCCAUAUUUUGUGCGAUGCAUAAAGCCAAAUCAAAACAAGGAGCCUGCUGUGUUUGACAUGGAGCUGGUCAGUGCCCAACUUAACUAUUCUGGGAUUUUAGAAACCAUUCGAAUCAGGAGAGAGGGCUAUCCGAUCAGAAUGCCAUUUGAUGUCUUCCUUUUCAGAUAUAAAUCACUGCUAGGCCUCAAACAGCCCCCACCUGCCAAUGGUGAAAACUGUGUCAUCAUGUUAAGGAAGCUUUGCCCUGUUAGACAAGGAUCGUUUCAAGUCGGUGUCACCAAGUUGUUCAUGAAAGAGGACAUCUACUUCCUGUUGGAGAGUAAGAGGGACAGAGUAAGGCAUGUAGCUGCCCUGACUCUGCAGCGUUACACCAGGAUGUUCUUUGUGAGAAAACGCUAUACAGCCUUCCGCAUGAAGAUCAUACGGCUGCAGGCCCAUUGCCGAGGCUUUCUCACAAGGAAGCGAUAUGUGAAAAUGAGAGCUAGCCUGGUGAAAUUACGCUCUCUGAUCCAUAUGUAUGUUGAUCGCAAGAGAUUUAUUAAGCUGAGAUACGAGGCCAGGAGAAAGGCAGAAGAGGAGCAAAGGAGAAUAGAAAUGGAGCUGUCAAAACGGGAAGUGGUCAACGUCACUCAUCUGGUCAUUCCAGCUGAACUCGGAGCAUUGCUGCAGGCAGCCUCUGGUGGUAGAGAGCUCCAUUCUGAUUGCUUGGCUUUAGUCCAGGCUCCCACCGUUCAGGUGGAGUCACAGAUCACGCUUCCUCUUGACAUCAACAAUUACACUAUCUCUAAAUUUGUCCAGAUUCACUUCAAAGAGCCUAAGUUUGGAAUGUUAACUGCACCUUUGAAGACACCACUAACACACAUUGACGAUGAUCUUACACAUGAGGCUCUAGACGCCUUUGUCAUGAUCUUAAGGUUUAUGGGUGACCCACAUCUCAAUGGUGCUCAGGAGAAUUUAUUUGGAAACUACAUCAUCCAGAAGGGGCUUACCAACCCUGGUCUGCGGGAUGAAGUCUUAUGUCAAAUUGCCAAUCAGGUUUGGAGAAACACCAAUCCAGAAAACUCAGAGAGGGGCUGGCUGCUGCUACUGGCCUGCCUGAGUGCGUUUGCACCAUCAGCCAAAAUUGAGAAAUACCUUCUGAAGUUUGUCUCAGAUCAUGCCUAUAAUGGAUUCAAAGCUGUCGGCCAACAGAAGCUCAUUCAAGCCAUGCAGAAGUCUCUGUAUGGACCGGAGACAGCGAGGACUUACCCACUGUCCCUGCUGGAAUGGACAGCCAAUAGGAAGAAAGCAAACAUGGUUUUGCAAGUACACUGUUUUGAUGGGACAUCUUCCCUGUGCCCUGUGCACUCCUGGACGAGUGGGGAGGAGUUGGCUGGAGAUAUUCUACAGCACAGGGGUGUGAACGAGGCCUGGAAGGGGUGCUCUGUUGUCAUGAAGGAGCACGGACAGUGGGCGGAGCUCGCAGGGCACGAUUACGUAAUGGACUUGAUCGCAGACAUGGAACUGAUGAGAAAUUUUCCAAAGCAAAAAUCCUACUUCAUCAUCUCCGCCGAGAGUCCCAUCAGAACCAGGCCCAAUGCCAGCCUGGCUCUGUUUGGAAGUGGAUUUGAUUCUGAUGACGACAACUCACUUCUGCUCCCCCAGACAAUGCUGAGCACCAGUCUCCCAGAUUCAGAUGGGUAUUACAGCCACGAAUCAGACUUCAGUGAAGCACCAACUCAGAAAGGCAUGGACAGAUAUCUCGACAGCCUGUUUGACCCAGUGCUGUCUGAUGGUAAUGGGGAUUUUGAGAAGUCAUCCAGCAUGUCCAGCCGUAUGAAGGGAGCUGGUGGGAUUGGAGGGGAGGAUGGUGACAUAGUGAAGCCCCUCUCCAGCAGGCCUUAUCCCCCCGGACUGCAGCCUGGUGCGGUGCCAGUUCUACCUGUUAUGGGAGGAACAAUGAUGCCACCUAUACCUAUGCCAGCUAUGCCCUCUGUGCCUCAUGCCCCUACCGCCGUACCUUCAGUACCCAUAAUGCCAGCUAUGCCUUCUAUGCCAGCCUUGCCUGCUAUGCCACCUUUGCCAGCUAUGCCUAAUGUGCCACCAAUGCCUGAUAUGUCAGAUCCAGCUGUCAUAGCACAGCAGCAGCAAGCCAUCAUCAACCAGCAAGCGAUUAUAUUGGCUCAGCAGAUGACAAUGCAGGCCAUGGCCCUUCAGCAGCAGAUGUAUAAUUCAGCGCACCACACACACAGCGAGCAUGUGCCAGCUCCCCGCUCCAGCCAGUACAGUCCUACUAAACAAGAAACUGGACCUGUUUCCUACAAACCAACCCCUGCUUCCCCACCACAGAAACCUUCACAGAGACAGUAUAGCCCAACUAGGAGGGAUCCACCAGCGGGGGACUUGGUGAGAGGCACUAUCUCAAACACAGAACACUUAGAGCCAAGUCACAACAUCAAAGAUAUUAUCAGGCAGUACCAGACUAACCCUGUAAAACCAGCUGAGUUUCCCAGGAGGGAAGCUAAAGUGUUUUUGAGGAAACCAGACCCCCAUGACGAAGCUAUAUUGAUUCUUAAGGACCAGAUGAGUGCUCCACCUUCACAGCAAAAGAAAACCUACACUCCAGUUUCUCCUUCGUCAUCUGCAAAGGAGUUUGAUUAUGACCACCAUGGGGCACUAAAACCAGCAAAAAGCAUAAAGACGAAGCGAUCACCUCCUGUGCCAGCUGUUAGUCAGAGAUUCCCAGCUCCUGCUCCUGUAUCUAGAGAACUUCCAGUAGAAGAGGAGAAUAUUCAGACUCAGCUGCACAAGAGGAGCAGUGAAGAGCACUACACCUACACCAAUGUACCCUGGAAAAUCUACCUGAGGAAAGAGGUUUUUUAUCCGAAAGACAGCUUCAACCACCCGCUGAUACUAGACCUCUUGUUUAAGCAGAUUGUCCAUGACACAUUCUCAGAGGCUUGCAUUCGCAUUACAACAGAAGAAAGGCAGAAGAUGAAAUCCCUUUUUGUGGAGCAAAACGUUGACAUCAAUGCCACAAUCCAGGAUGAAAAUGCGAAGAAGAAGAUUGUGGUUGCCGCAAGAGACACCUGGGAGAUCUACUUCUCACGCCUCUUCCCAGCAUCUGGCAGUGUUGGCACAGGGGUCCAGGUGCUGUCUGUAUCUCAUAGAGGAAUCAAGCUUUUAAAAAUGGUCAGGAGCAGUGCAGUAGCCCCAGACUACUUCAGAGUUCUACGACCCUACAGCUAUACAGACAUCAUGUUCGUCACCAUUCCUUCCAAAAACAUGCUGGAGUUCAACCUCACCAAUGAGAAACUGAUUCUGUUCUCUGCCAAAGCUCCUCAGGUUAAAACUAUGAUUGACUACUUUAUCACAGAGCUGAAAAAGGACUCAGACUAUGUCGUUGCUGUGCGUAAUUACAUUACAGAUGACAGAACGCUGCUGAGUUUCCACAAGGGAGACAUCAUACGCUUGCAGAAAAUGGAAGGCAUGGAUGCAGGCCAGUGUUAUGGUUGCAUAGUGAAAAAGAAGGUGAUUCUCCUGGAGGAGUUAAAAAGAGACACACCUGAUUUUGGCUGGAAGUUUGGGGCCAUUCAUGGGCGAUCUGGGGUUUUUCCUGUGGAGUUUGUACAGCCAGUGGCUGCUCCUGACUUCAUUAGCAUUCCUGUGGACAAGAAAGAGGAACCCAAGAAUAAGCAGGGGCGCGUGGCCGCCUCGGCCGCUGUGGCUGUAGCUGUGGGGUCCGCUGCCGCGGCCCAUGAACUGGGCCGGUCCAUUGAGGUGGCGUCUCCUGUCAGUGAGUAUGCAGAGGCCUUUACAGACAGUGCUGAUAUGGACAUCGAUGAGAGAAUCUUUCAGGACAGCCAAUACAACAUGGUGGAGUUUGCCAAGAAAUAUUUCAGAGGGGCCCAGAGAAACAACGGUGAUUCAUAUAAGAAAAAGUCAAAGAAGACAAAGGAAUCCAGAGAACCAUCAGAAAUGGUGAAAUUUUCCAAGUCACCAAUUCAAGAGUCCCUGAUCGAGUUCACUGAUGAAAAUAUGAACAGAGUAGCUGGAGAGAUUUUUCUUGCUAUAAUGAAGUUUAUGGGAGACUACCCAAUGAAAGGUCAGGCCGAGCAGGACGUUGUCAGCACCAUCCUAAGGUUGAGUGGCGAAUAUGGAUUAAUGAAGGAUGAAGCGUACUGCCAAGUCCUCAAGCAGAUCACUGGAAACACCAGCUCCAAGACGGAGAGUUGUCAGAGGGGCUGGAGGCUGCUGUACAUCCUCACUGCAUACUACAAGUGUUCAGAGGCGCUUAAACCUUACCUGCUUAAACACCUUCAGGAUGUCUGUGCAAGUCCUGGGGUGCACUUUCAAGGCAUUGCCAAGGCUUGUGAGCAGAACCUAAGGAAGACGUUCCAAUACGGUGGACGUGUUGAGCAUCCCAAUGGGAUGGAGUUGAAAGCUAUGCUGGCUGGAAGGAGCUCCAAGCGCCAGUUGUUUCUGCUUCCUGGUGGAAUUGAACGCCACCUAAAGAUCAAAACCUGCUCAGUGGCUCUGGAUGCCAUUGAAGAGCUGUGCUAUGAGAUGGGUCUGCAUAAACUUGAGGCCUUGGAUGAAUAUGCUAUAUUUGUUGUCACAAACAGAGGUCAGAAUGUCCGGCCUCUAAACAAAAGGGAGUACAUCUUGGAUAUUGCUACAGAGGCUGAACACGUUGAUAGCAACUACAGUCUGUGGUUUCGAAGAGUGAUAUGGACGCAGCCACUAAAGUUUGACAACGAGCUCGGAGUCACUAUGCAUUACAAUCAGGUGUCCCCUGACUACUUGAAAGGGCUGCUCAAUGUUGUCCCACAGGGUAAGGCCAGUGAGCAGCAGCUUCAGCAAGUGUCAAAACUGGCAGCCCUGCAACAUCGUGCCAAGGACUCGCUCUACCUGCCGUCCAUCCAUGAGGUUCAGGAGUGUAUUCCCACCCAGCUCUUUGGUCUCCAGAGGCCCCAGCAGUGGUUAAACAUGGUAAACCAGCAUAUGCAGCAGGUGCAGGCCCUCAGUCCUCAUCAGGCCAAAGCACAAUUUUUGGGGCUUGUGAGUGCUUUUCCCAUGUUUGGCUCAUCAUUCUUCUACAUACAGAGCAGCAGCAACGGUGCUAUCAACACCCCGUGUGUACUGGCUGUCAAUCAAAAUGGUCUGAACUUUCUAAGCAAAGAGACUCAUGAGCCGAUGGUGAAGUUCCCGCUGAAGGAGGUCCAGUCCACCCGGACACAGAGGCCCACAGCUGGCUCCAGUUACCCGUACGUGGAGAUAAUGCUGGGUGACCUAAUGUCUCAACGCAUUACACAGUUACAGCUGGACCAGAGCCUUGAGCUGUGCCGUGUCAUCGCCAUGCAUGUGGAGAACCUGCUGUCCGUACGAGAGAAGAGACUUACUCUGCCGCCCAGUGAAAUCACACUGCUCUAGCACGCCUUCUCACUGAUGUUAUUUAUUAGUACUUUUAUGGCAAUAAUUGCAAUCAGACACUAUUAAACUCAUACACGUCCAAAGCCAGCUGUCAUUAUUGAUAGUGCAAUAUGUCUGUUUGCAAUUUAACCAAGUUCCAGGAUUAGAUUGUUAUUCGCAACAAUUUGCAUGCUUUCCAUUAGGGUGAACAUAUGGUCCCAUAGUUUAAAACACUAUAUUUCUACCUCUAGCUCUGAACUCAUGAUCAGCAAGAGUUUAUUUUUUUUAUGAGAGAGAAAGAGUAAUAAAACAAUGUAGCCACUGUUUUUGAAGUUGCACUACUUGAGACUAUUAUGAUUUAAAUAUUUAUACAAUGUUUUUAUUAUGUUAAAUUCUCUAUGUGGACGAAAAAUGCACUAUGUACAAUGAAUGUAGGUAUAAUAUGAAGUCUUUA